CUUAGACCUUACAAUUAACUCAAAAAAUUGGAAGCAGCAGUUCUUCAAAUCUCAGCAAAAAAGGUGACAUAUUCGCAUUGUGAAAGAUUGCAAAUAAGUGAAAUUUAAAAAGAAAAGAAAAAUUGCCUCGCUCUCUUGUGUCAUUGGUUUUUGAUUGUUUUUCGAUCGUUUUUCAUUAACAAUGCUUGCUUGGUUACAACCGAAACCAAAGGAAAAGCAUGCGAUGGCCUCCGUCGGCUGGUUACGCGCUGCUGUCCUAGGUGCCAAUGACGGUAUCUUGUCUCUCUCUGGUUUAUUGAUUGGAGUUUCAUCUGCUGAUGCCUCUCGUCGAAGUAUAGCCUUAACAGGAGUUUCUGGUUUAAUUGCUGGUGCCAUGUCAAUGGCUGCCGGUGAAUAUGUUUCUGUGAGUUCGCAGGCUGACUUGGAAAGUGCGGACUUGGAUUUAGAAAGACAAGAGAUGGAACAGAAUUGGGAUGAAGAGGUCGUCGAAUUAUCUAAUGUGUAUAUGACGAGAGGACUUGACCAAGAAUUAGCUCACACAGUCGCUACCAAGCUAAUGGAACACGAUGCUUUAGAAGCACAUGCACGUGAGGAGUUGGGUAUUAAUAUGUAUUCCGUAGCAAAGCCGGUACAAGCAUCUUUUUCAUCUGCAGGUGCUUUUUCGGCUGGUGCCAUUUUACCCUUGGCUACGGCACUCCUGAGUCCGGUGGAACACGUGACCAUAAUUUUGACUUUUUCAACUCUGUUUUUCCUAGCUUUCUUGGGUUUCGUAGGCGCUCAAAUUGGAGGUGCCAACAAGAUGCGUGCUAUACUCAGAGUCACUAUUUUGGGUGUUAUAGCGAUGGCUGUCACUUCUUUGGUAGGAAAGUUUUUUGACACCGAACCGUAAUUCGAAGAGCUCAUGUUCAUUGUCUAUUUUGUUGAAUUAUUUGUUAUAAAUUGUUUGGUUGUUUUUGCUAAUCUUUUUUUUUUUUGUGUAUGUUAGAGUAAAAUGUGUCACAUAACGCAUUCUUGGGGUUUUCAUUGAGAUUAUUACUUUAUUUUAUUUUAUUUUUUAUGACGGAUCUCGCGUUUCUAUGAUGGUUUUCUAUAUAAAAUAAAAGCGAGCUUUUCCUCUCUGAAUGUGUGUGUGUGCGUGUGUUUUUUUUUUUUUUUCUUGUUUU